CUAAGCCUUGUGCAUUUCGUCGUCUUUUACAUGUAGUAUUUUAAGAUGACAUCAUACGGUGACAAUGUAGGGACACCCGAACAGGACGGUGUCCCCAGCACUCUUCCUUCCAGUCCUUCUUGAUCGUCCCUCCUCUGCCUUUCCUCCAGGCUCAAGCCCAGUGUGGCUGGAAGAAGUUGGGCAGCGAGCUUUGAACGAUGCGACGAAGAUGGCGAUGAACGGAAGGAAAGAAGAUGCGCUAUAUGAGAGUGCGGAUUACUGCGAUAUCUAUCACCUCCAGCAUGUAACGUACGGAAACAGCAGCGGGUAUUUCGCUCGGCCAGGUCCAGAAUGUGUCCUGAAGCCUCCUUUAAACCUCAUGGGUCAGCAGCAGCCUCAGUCCUUCCAGCCCAUAUCUCCUACCCAAACUCUUGGUCCAGCACCUGUUCUGAUGCCUCCAGAACCUCUCGCUUUCCCCCAUUGCAGUCCCCUCUCUGCCAAACCUCCCCCUACCCUUCAGCUGUUUCCAAACCCUGCCAUGACAGCACCCUCUGGCUCCAGCCCCAUGCCGCCUGAGAGCGAGUUUCAGGCAACGGGCAGUGAUCAGGACACUGCACUAGAGGACCUAUGUAGACCUCUCUACUGCAAACUGUGCAACGUAACACUAAAUUCACCCCAGCAGGCACAGGCACAUUAUCAGGGAAAAAAUCACAGCAAGAAGCUAAGGAAUUUUUAUGCUGGCAGUCAACAGCCACCGCCUAUACGAAUACCAGAGGAAGUAGAGCCUGUUUCACAGCAGGCCCUCUCCACUCCACCUACAGAGACUGGCACUGCAGUGGGCAAGCCGGCGUCCUUUAUCGGCCCCAGCAGGGUCAUCCUGGCCACAGAGAAUGACUACUGCAAGCUGUGUGAUGCGUCUUUCAGCUCCCCCGCUGUAGCUCACGCUCAUUACCAGGGCAAAAACCAUGCCAAACGGGUUCGGCUUGCAGAAGCUCAGCACAACGGCAGCUCCACGGAUGCAGCAGACCUCACGCAGAGGCGUUCCAGGAAAGAAGGGAAUGAGUACAAACUGAGGAACUGCAGGACCCACUUGAGCAAUUCUAUGCCAGUUUCAGGGCCAUAUUACAACCCACGACCAAGGCAGAGAAUCCCACGUGACUUGGCCAUGUGUGUGACUCCAAGCGGGCAGUUCUAUUGCUCCAUGUGCAACUCAGGUGCUAGCGAUGAGGCUGACUUCCGCCUGCACCUGGAGAGCAAGCAGCACAAGAGCAAAGUAUCUGAGCAGCGCUACCGCAGUGAAAUGGAGAACCUUGGCUACACCUAGGAGUCUGUUCGCGAAGAAAAGAAAAAGAAAUCAUCUGUAGGAUUCUUCAAGUGCCCAUAUUACUUUGUUACAGAAGGGUUGUGCAAUUGCACUGAACAAGUCUUACAUACUUUGCAUGGAAUGCUUUAAUUCAGUGAUACUGGAACAAAAAGAAAGCUACCUCUUGUUGAAUUACAGGUCAUUUUUAUGUGAGACUGUACAGUAUUGGAUUCAUUUAUGGGAGCACCAUGUUUUAUGAUACUUGAUAAACUGAUCCCUCCAAGGAAUGUUUUUUUCUUCUUCCAUGCUGGGAUAAUAGUGAAAGACGGCAGCUUUUGCAAAGGUCAUAAGGAUCAUAAUGACUUUGAUCAGUAUUAGAGUUCUCAACUUAUGAGGACUUCCAAUCCAAGUGGAUCUGUGCAGGUUGUGGUUGAAUUUCUUUUACGAUUAUGAUCCAAUCUCUCCUUACUUUGGCGUAAUGUACUUACGGUUUUAUUGUGCAUUGAAUGAAUUUUAAUAA